CGAUAAAUAAUGCACAAUUUUUCCUUCUGUUACGCAGGCUCGUAACACCAAUGCUCAUAGAAGUGGGGAUCGUUCUUAUCGUUAGACACUAAAAAUGUUAGUUAAUGCGCGGCUUUUGUGCAAACCCCACAAAACAAUCAUAUCCAGUUAGCGGAAAACAUUUUCUCGAAUUACACUCGUGUGAUGUCAAGUCAAAUUAACAAGUGUAAAUUCGUUUCAACUAUGGCAAGUGUAACGGGGUCUAAUGUGACAUGGAAUCAAUAUUUAGUCCUUUUUUUUUGAGGAAUUUGUGUUCAGGAAUUCUUGGGGUUUGUUUGAAUGUCUCCAUUUGAAUUUGACCAUGGGGUUAGGCGGGUUCCGCGUGUAAGUUGGCCGGACUGUUUAAGAGUGGAGGGAAACUAGCCGUUACGAAUAACAUUCACUGGACUCCAGAGCAUCGACGAGUAUGAGCCACUGUUGAAUGUUUGGCCGUUGUGAUUGGAAAUUUGUCGAAGUUUUGAUGGUUUAUUUGAUUGAUUAUUGAGUUGGGAAUUUGUGGAGAGUAAUAUUGAACGUGUGGAGAGCUGGAGGCGGUUGGAGAUUCGGUGGAGAAUCGCACAGGGACUGAGACCAUUCCAUCCAGCAAGAUGUCAACCGACAGUGGAUUAGGGCAAACUCCCACCCCCCAGAUCCAGAAGUCGUUCUUUUCAACCCCAAGCUCUUCAAAACGCCAGCUUUUUCAGACCCAAAAGCAUUUACAAUCUCCUGUCCCACCUGGCUACGAGUCUGACCUAGGACCCAUGUCUCCCAUAGCCCACUCAGACAAGAGUAGCAUCAGCAGCUCCCCAGGUCGUUCCUACCACUCGCCCGUGACCACUCCUGAGUGCUCCCCCAAGUCGCAACUACGCCAGUGGGAUCGUCUGCGUCCCCUCACCCGUGAGAAUUACAGACUCUCUCCCUUCAGCUCGCUUAGGAAGACAACCCGCGAGGCCAGGGCCUCUCCUGGUCGUCGACUCUCUUCUGCCUCGCCAGGAUCUCUCCCAAGAACACCACAACAUCUCAACCGUCACCAGAUAAUCCCAGGCACACCCGAGGGCACCGAAAACAUGAUAACGGAGGACGGAAUAAUUCCAGAAACUCCCCAGAAGAGCUGCGAUAUAACAGACACUCCAAAGAGGGCAAAAAACCCCGAGAGAAGACUGAUAACUCCUCUGGGUUCAGUCUGCAAGAGCAUCAUCGUUCCUCCCCUUAACCGUAGAAAGUCCCUGGGUCUCGUGGACCUCGACCAAGCUUCAUCACCAGAGAGACUCACUCAGAAGAGACAUCUCACUGAUGAUCAUGCCCACUCAGCAGGAACUAAGCUCAUAAAGACUGAUGAUGCCUUGUCGAUUCCCAAGGCUCGAGCCUCCCUUUUCCCUGAGGAGAAAAGCGAGAACACGAUACCCUUCACCCUAAGCACAAAAUCAUUCUACAACAAGACCCCUGGGGACGAUGGGACCAGGAGGUAUUCGAUGUGUUUCGGAUGGAGAAGUACUGAAACCAAACCCAAGAAGAGGUACAGCCUGCCCAGCACAAAGAGACGUUCCGGAGGGCACAGGCGGCCGAAGUUUGGAGAGAUCAAUGCUGGGGUGACUCAUGGUAUUAAAAAACCCAAGCCCAGGAAGUCAUUGGUCAAGACUUCUAAGGACGAAAAGGGGCAGAAGGUCGAGACUUCAGAAUCUAGUCCUCAGGUGGCGAGGUUGACGAGAAGUAUGGGAGAGAAGAAAGGGGAGGAGCAGGAGGAAACUCAUUCCAGGGUGCUGAAGGUCAUUCCGGUUGUUGAGAGACCGCCGUCCCCAGUUCCUGAUCCCACCAAGAGAUUUUUCAAAACGAAUAGAACGAUAAAAAGCCGAAAUCUUGCUACCGUCACGGUUAAUAAAAAUAUCAAGCUGAAGGUCGCCGACGGAGUGAUCAAACUGAACGAGAAGAAGAAUAUGAAACCUCUGCUCAAGAAGCCAAGGCUAGAAGCGACUUUCGAUGCUAAUGAUCUAACAGUCGAUGAGCCGGAGGUUAAUAACGAAAUGCAGCAGAGCGAUGUCAUGGACAUUCUCAGGGUGCUGGAGGAUGACUGGGGAGACGAUGAGUAUGAUACCAUGGGACCUCUGGUCAACAAUCAGGCAGUCAGGUCGAGUCAUGUUUUGAUGUCACCUGGGAGUGUCCUCAGUGAUAUGACGUCUUCUAUGAAUAUUGCGGACCAGGAGAACGCGGGGACAGAGGACGAGGGGGCUGGUGGCGGGGAAAAGUACUACCCGCUGUUCUCUAAGGGCUUCACACCGGCUGUUAAUGAUUCUUUCGACAAAAAACCGAACAGAGGAGUCAAGAGACAGGCCUGGCAGCUCUCGACGAAAGCAAAUGGAGGAAUUGAUCAGUACCAACUUGAUGUUGGACAGAAGCGAUUUGGCACCACUCAAUGUCUCGACUGUGGGAUUGUGUAUCAGAUUGGAGAGCCGGAGGAUGAGAACGCACAUUUGAACUUCCACAACAGCUUCAAAACCCUCAAGUUCAACGGCUGGAAGAAUGAACGAGUUGUGGUGGAAGACACGAUGAGAGGCAGUCGCAUCAUAACUAUUGAGAAAACGGAUCCAAAGACCUCUUGGAAGAAGGUGGAGGAAGUUCUCGCUGUUGUCGAUCGUGACUUGGGACUAGCUGACAUGGAAUUGACAGACUACCAUGAUAAAAAGAUUUAUCUUUACAUAAGGAAUAAGACUAUUCUAGGGGUGCUCAUUGCUGAACCUGUGAAGGUUGCACACCAGAUGAUUCCGGAGCUUGUAGAGUUUGACUGCUGUUCGACUGAAGAGAGUCCUGUCAAAUGUGGUGUUAACGUUAUUUGGACAGCCAUGAGCCACCGAAGACAGCACAUCGCUACUAAAUUGCUAGAUGCUCUGAGAACUAACUACUUUUACGGAUACAUUCUGUCCCUUGAUGACAUUGCCUUCUCCAUGCCAACACCGACGGGAAAAAUAUUUGCCGAGAAGUACACAAAGACUCGCAAUUUCAAAGUCUACAGUUAAAGGUUUUUAAAUUUUUUUUUCCAGUCCCAAGUGGCUUUUUACCGAAAAAAACAUUUGAUGCCAUUUUGAUCCCAAUGACUUUUAUGUAUUAUUCCCUAUUUUUUUGUAACUUACAAUGGAAUAUUUAUCCUUUUUAUAUCCAUUUUCAUUAAAAAGACCACAUGUUAAUUUGGUGUAGAAAUACUUCGGGAAUAAUUUAGGGAACAAGUGUACACCUAAUUGUACUUAGUGUUUUUUUUAUUUUUGUAUGAAAAAUGAAUAUAUGAAAUACAGACUUUGAUAAACCUUUGUACACGAUAUAUAACAUA